GAGUCUCAUAUCUGGAACCUCGCACUAACGUCUGGCAGUCACGCCUGCACGAAAGUGUGCUCCGAGAUAGCCAGCGAGACGGGCCUCAGCUCAUGGACACCCCCCCGUACGACUUCUUGCUCCAAAGCGACCCUGUUCUACGAGGCCAUCCGGCACAAUGGAGCUGGGACACACUUUGGGUCAUCGGGAUAGCUGUCGUUCGGUAUGUAAAGGUCGGCGGGGUGGUGGUGCGGAACUCCCGUGGUCCUGUUGUCGAGAUACUUGUUGGGAAGCGUGGAUACGCUACCAUCGAAUCUGGCGACGACGUGUUCCGUGGUCCCGGAGAUGGUUACAAUCCAGAAGGCUACUGGGCCAUUCCCACGGCCUUUGUUGAGCCGACAGACGCGAACGCUAUUGGUACAUUGGCAAGGGUGCUGUGGAUGGACCUAAGGUUUCAGGUGAAGGAAAUUGUUGGAUGCUGCAGUGAUAUCACUGAGGUUUCGGCCGUCGAUGGCAAGAGGUUCCGGAAGAUUACAUACAUUUUGACGACCGACGAGGUUGGAGAGGUUACGCCACCGAGGUGGUCGGAAUACGAGGGCCUAGAAUGGAUGCAGCUUGACCAUUUCGAUGGUAGGCGCGUGUUAGGUUGACAAGUGACGGGAAAGAGGCUGUCGGGAAAGCUAUCGGAUUCGCUGAUGUACAAACUAGAACCGGGCCAAUGAGGGGCUGAAUACAUCAUCUGCUUCAAGGGGGGGCAUGAUAGCAAGAAAACGAUCGUAAGAGUGAUCAGGAGGAGAUGCGGACACAACAAAUAAUCAAACAAUAAAAACUAACUUCUUGUUCCGAUGUGACGAUGCCCC